UCCCCGUCAGCGUUGUGUUGAUGGUGUACAGGAAGGCGCAGGAUGGCUGCUAAAGGCUUGAAAUGGGUUUUUGAAAGGGGUCGGACUGUCAUGAAAACCUACGGCAUCCUGUUACUGCUGCUCUCCGACGUUUUCUUCAGUCCUGCAAACGGUUACCUGAGCUCUGCACACGUGGGUCAGGAGCCUGCUUACACCCCUCAGCACAACCCUGCGAUGAGCAGUCCAGCUGUGUCAACUCCAACAUCAGAGUCUACAGAUGUCACUGACAAUUACAUAGCCAAGUGUCCAAGUGGAGGAGCGUGCAGCAAGUUACCUGCGGACUGCUUCACCUGUGACUACCACCACAACUGCAGUUAUGGCAAGCCAGCCAACUUCACCUGCAAGGUCAAGGACGGAGUACAGUGUGCGGACAUGUCAGAUGGGAUCUUUAACCUGACCAUGGAUUGUCAGUUCUGCUGGCAGCUGGAUCCGUCUAAGUACCGCUGCAACAUCUCAACCACCUGCAUGACCGUGUCCUGCCCCCGCAAACGCUACAACACCACCUGCAAGGUGCUGGACCACGUCAACUGCUUAGGGAGAAGGGAAUUUCAGAAGCGGCUGUUCUGCAACUGGACUGGAGGGUACAAAUGGUCUACAGCGCUGACGCUCAGUAUCACUUUGGGAGGAUUUGGUGCUGACCGCUUCUAUCUGGGCCAGUGGAGAGAGGGGCUGGGCAAACUCUUCAGCUUCGGCGGGCUGGGCAUCUGGACCCUGAUUGACGUCCUGCUCAUUGCCGUAGGUUACGUGGGGCCAGCUGACGGAUCGCUGUACAUCUGAGACUUAAAACUGAAAACACUCAAGGUCUCCAAUACCGACUUGUUCAAAGACAGUGAGGAUUAGGCCGUUUUCAAGCCUGCCUGAGUGACUUUAUAGCUGUCCACAUGAUUCCCAGUCCUGUUAGCACACGUGCGAGCGUCCAAACUCCCACUGCUGUCGAUUCCCAUCUGCUUGUGCGGAGGGCUCUGGCUCAUUGGUUAUGCGCUCGGCUCCAUGUGCUGCGGAGAGAGGAGGCGGCAGCGGCAGGGGGAAAUCUGCGCCCUUCCACGCUCCAUGCUGCACACGCUGUAGCGAGAAACACAUGUGAACUCGGAGGCUGUCAGGAAUUGUGUGACUUUUAUUUUCCCGGCCCAUACAGACUCUGAGGCUUCAGAGUGAAGCCUACAGACACGUAAUGACCACUUCGGCCUACCGGUGGCAGGGAAAUGAGGUAACUGUAAUUGCAAAAGUAGCCUGACAGACAGAUAAAUGGACCCCUGUCUCGCAGCUGAGUGCUGUUUCCUGUAGGAGUCAUGAAGUCUUCGGGUCUGCGGAUGGCUUUUGAAGUGUCUUUUUAUUUUGAAAAGGGAUAGAAAUUACUACAGAUGUGUCACUUGUGGAUAUAAGCACACAGUGUAACAUCACAGCUGUACAUAAAAACAGUUAAUUGUGAUAAGGUUGUCUGGAUAGGAACUACAUUUGUGCCACUACUUGUUCUUUUUUUUCUCUUUUUUUGAAUUAAGGCUUAUGAAGGACUUGACAAAAGCCAAUAGUUAUGUGACCACUGCUUCAAUUGUUUAUUUAUUGUUACUCCGUCAGAUCUUAUUGAGAUAAAUGGCAAGGUCAUUAGGUUUCACGAUUCAGAUAAAUUUGUUCCGCCCAAACCUUGACCAAUCAUGUGAUGCACGAAUGAGACACAAGCCUGAAAAUAAACCAUGUGAAACUGCAAACUGCACUUUUGCUUUGGUCAGUGCCCUGACCUUUGUUCUAAACAUUUUCGUUCUAAAGCAGGAAGCUCAAUCCUGGUCGUAGAAACCUACCACCCUGCAGAGUUUAGCCCCAACCCUAAUUUAACACACCUGAACCAGAAAAUGAAGGUCUUUAGGGUCAUCUAAACAUUAGAGCCAGGUGGGUCACAAAUUGAACUCUCCAAGGUGGUAGAUCAGCAGGACCAGGAUUGGUCACCACUGUUUUAAAGGGACCACAAGAACAGCUGGGAAUCAGAGUAUGAAAUGUCAUUCAUGGUGGUGUCAGCAUUAGAUUAAGGUUUAUUUUAAUGGACAUGAAUAAAGUCUAGUCUAGAGCAGAAUUGCAGUGUCAAUGGUGUUUCCAUAUUAAAAAUCCCAUUUAGUCUAAGAUUAGGCUGAAUCCGGCUUAUAUAAUGGGACACCAGUCGUCUACUGAAAAGGGUCAUCAGUGAAGAAUCAUUGAAGGCAGUUUAGUUUCUUUAAGAUCCCUGAUUAGACUUGAUCUGAGUCCUCUAUAAGCAGAUUUAGCAGGAACAUGUUGUAAACAAACUUCUAAUAAAAGCUCAAAAUAUUC